ACCACCUGCCGGCGAAUGAGCGGCUCUCAGUUGGUGUUUGAGAGAACAAGCGUUUAAAGUCCACUUGGUUUAUCGCAGGCAGGAGGAAACGCGUUUACACAGUUUCUGGUUGAAUUUCUACACGAAUUCAGGUUCUGCUGCACAGCCCGCUGCGCUCAGCUCAGACCUUGUUCCGGAUGCGCUUGCGUACGAGGAGCCCAGCGGAGAGUGCGAGAGCUCGGCCCAUGGCGCCGCUGCUCCUGUUGCUGAGCUGCUCGUGUGCAGUGGCGGCGGUGGUGGGCUUCCCGUUCAGGACACCCCCGGACCUGGAUGUGACUCCGCGUGUCACCGUGUUGAGCAGCGGUCUCCAGGGCUGCAGGCGUUUUCGGUCCUCUGCAGUCAACUACAGCACUCUGCUGCUGGAGGCUGACAGCGAGCGUCUCUACGUUGGGGCCCGGGGGGCUGUAUUCGCUCUCAGUGCCUCUGACAUCUCAGCCAGCUCUGCUCUGACCAUCGAGUGGGAGGCCUCCACCGAGCAGAAACGAGAGUGCGUGCUCAAGGGAAAAGAUGAUAAGACGGAGUGCUUUAAUCACAUCCGCCUCCUCCAAAGAUUUAACUCCACUCAUCUCUACAUGUGUGGGACUCAUGCCUUCAAACCCCUCUGUGCAUAUAUAGAUGAGAAGAAGUUUGUUAUGUCAUCUCAGCCUGAAGAAGGUAGAGACAGAUGUCCUUAUGGGCCAACAACUGGUUACACUGCUCUUAUUAUAGACCAGCAGAUAUACACAGCUUCCCAGUAUGAGUUCUGGAGAUUCCCAGAUAUUCGACGUAACUCUCCGUCUCCCUCCCUGAGGACGGAGGACGCUCCCACACGGUGGCUGAACGAGGCAGACUUCGUGGGUUCAGCUCUGGUGAGGGAGAGUUUGGGCAGCAGCGCCGGCGACGACGAUAAAAUCUACUUCUUCUUCACCGAGAAGAGCCAAGAGCAGAGCACGACUUACAGCCACAGCCGGGUGGCACGAGUGGGCCGCAUCUGUAAGGGAGACAGGGGAGGCCUUUUAACCCUGCAGAAACGUUGGACGUCCUUCCUCAAAUCCAGGCUGACCUGCUCGCUGCCCGAGUACGACUUCCACUUUAACAUGCUGCGCAGCGUGUUCGUUAUGCACGGCCUCACCCCGAAGGACACGCUCUUCUAUGGCAUCUUCGGCCUGGAGUGGAAAAACGUGAAGGCGUCUGCAGUGUGUCGGUUCUCUCUGCCUGAAGUCCAAACGGCCUUUCAAGGACCCUACAUGGAGAACCAGGACUCCAGCUGGAGGGAAUAUGUCGGGAAGAUCCCCAAUCCAAGACCUGGAACAUGUAUUACUGAUGCCCUCAAGGCCAAGGGCAUAAACAUCUCCACCUCCCUGCCUGAUGACGUGCUGGAUUUUGUCCGACGGCAUCCUCUGAUGUCCAACGAGAUCCAGCCUGUAGACAGACGCCCCCUCUUGUUCAUGAGGACAACAGACUACACACAAAUGGCUGUGCGCACAGUCCAGGGCUUAGAUGAGCAAACGUACCAUGUUUUAUACAUGGGCACAGAUGAAGGCUGGUUACACAAAGCUGUCAACAUUAAAGGGCAGCUGCACAUUAUUGAAGAGGUUCAGCUGUUUGAGGAGCCGCAGCCUGUGCUCAGUCUUCUGCUGUCUACGAAGCAGAUGAGUGUGUACGCCAGCUCUGAGUCAGGUGUGAUUCAGCUGCCGCUCUCCAACUGCCGCAGGUACGCUUCCUGCUACGAAUGCAUCUUCGCCAGAGAUCCUGACUGCGCCUGGGACGGAGCUGAGUGCGUGGACGUGAUGACGCAGGCGAACAGAUCCACUUUAAUCCAAGACAUCCACCAAGGCAGAACUGGCUGUGAGAAAACACAAUACAAUGUUGUCCAGCGGAGCCGCUCUGUGCGGGUUGGCAAUGACGUCCUGCUGCAGUGCGAGCUCAGUUCCAACCUGGCGACGCCUCUGUGGAUGCUGAACGGUACCGAGGUGCAGGGCUACGAUCUCAACUCGGGCUUCCGAACCGGGACGGAUGGACUGCUGAUCAUCAAGGCCCAGCAGGACCAGAGCGGCUUGUACGCCUGUCACGCCAUAGAGAACAACAUCAAGGUGGCUGUUGUCACCUACAAUGUAACCAUCGAACUCGAUCCAACCCUGCCGCCGGCUGAGCCGACCCACAGCCCCGUUGUAACGCUGCCAGCACUGUCCACUCAUUCUUCAUCUGAGAACUCCUCCUCCAAGGACCCCCACUCCCCACUCCCCCUGCUGUCGCCUAAGAACAUGGAGGUGGUCUAUCUGUCCCUCAUCACCAUCCUGGGCGCUCUGUGCGUGGUGCUCGGCGUGGUCCUGGCUUACUUGGGCUUCUGCUUGCGAGUCGGACAGCGAGGCAAGUACUCGCUGCGCGCCGCCGCUGCAGCCCACCCAAGCAGCAAGAAGAACAGAAAGCACCAUAGGAACUCUUCUUCAACGGAGCUAAAGACCAUCUCCAGUCACUGCAACGGCAACGGCUUCUAUAAUGGAGUUUCAAAGCGCCAAAACGCCGAUGCUCCAGAUGAAGGCCUCCUGUAUAUCGUCCCCGGUGAGGGUCAGACCUCCCUCAAUAAAGAGCCUCCGCCCCCAGCGCCCCCUCUCCCUCCCACCCCACAGUUUUCCCCCCCGGAGUGUGACUUUCCCAACGGGCUGUCAGCGACAUUGCCCAGCGUUUUGAGGCGGAUGAACGGGAACAGCUACGUGUUGCUGCGGCAGAGCGACUCGGAAAACACAUCCCCGCUCUGCUACCCCUUUGCAGAUGAGCUCAAUAAGAUUUUAGAGAAGAGGAAACACACUCUGCUGCUGCCCAGACCUGAUGAGAGCUCUGUGUAGAGAGGUGCCGCUCUGUUUUAGACUCCGACUGUGUUCCUAACCUGUGCCUGUUACCAUGACUCAUCAUUGUUGUGGACUAAAGCAAUGAAGGAGUCUUAUGUACAUUUUUUUUUAUUUUUCACAGAUCCACUUUUAGAAAUUCCUGCUUUCUGAACCAAUCAGCUGUUUGUCAGUACGAAUUACUUAUUUCCCAACACAGCACAAAUGAAAAUGAGAAAUCUCAGCGAAGGGCCGGAGAAUCAAACAGAAAAAAAAACGUGCAAUCUACCUCAACUCAACGCUGCCUAGAGAGAGAGAGAGACGGUCUGAAUUAUCACACAUCUGGGAGGAGCAAAGCAGGAUAAACAGGCUCUAACAAGGAGUGUAGGCACAUGGGAGCACAGAUACAUGGGAGAUGUUGAUUUAAACUGUUGGGCAGCUAGCCACAGCCUGUUUGCACUGACAAGUGCGCCGUUGGCCUAUGCAUUAUUAAAACACGCCGUUCAUUCACUUAUAAAUAUUGAUAAAAAUGGAGGCAGUGCGUAGGGGAAGUCUGAUUUUAUUUCUAACACAUAUAAGAGCUUUUAUUUUGAAGUUGCAGCUAACCACAGGUAGUCAUUGUUUUUCUGAUCAGAUUGUCGUGGCGAUUCCUAAUGUCAUUUAUCUGCUUCACAAGAGACUCUACCCUCUUGUAGACAAGGUCCUCCUUCAAGCAGGUGAUAUUCCUCGUCCUGCUCUACAGCCUCCGAGACUUUAGCGUGGUUCAGGUUCUGGUUAGAGAGGCCUCCUGUCAGGCAGAAGACGUGAUGAGACUUGUUGUCAGCUGUUAUUCAAGACGGUGCAGUCUAAGUCUGCUGGAAUCUGGAGAGGAACUUCAACAGCAGCAACAUGAACAACCAGCUUUAAUGAACUAAACCAUGAUUUUAAAGUAACCUACAUACUGUCAGCACAUAUAUCUAACUGCCAUGGCAAAAUAAAAACACACAACGCAACACACAAGCACUAAAGGGUGAACUGAUCAUUAUUUAGUAUCAUUAAUCAUACAUUCUAAGCAGUUUUUGUCAAAUUAAUAUAUAUAGUUUUGUCAAAAUAAUAUAAUAAAUCUGUAAAUAAUUACAUUAGAUAUGACAUGGCUCUAAUAUUUGCAUGCACAGACUAAUAUGUUAAAAAGUAAAUUAUGUCAAAGCCAUGCUUUAUUAUAUUUUUUCAAUUUUUUUUCUACAAGACAAAUAUAUGCAGUAAUUAUCAAACUCCUAUAAUUAAAGAAUAAUAUUAAAUAAUGAUUAUGUCACCAAGUGCUGACGGGUUAAUAUCUUUAGGGUAACUGUCUGUUUAAAGCACUUUAAACACCAGUUUUGAUGUGCGUUGGGAAAGUUAAUGAACACUAUUGUUAAAUGUAAGCCCGAAGAAGCUUUUGCCCUUUUCUCUGUGCAACCGUGGAGUCCGUGACUGUGUCCGCAGGACGCUGGUCGACACAAUGGAUCUAAGAAAAACACUGAAUGAGUCCAAACCCCCCGCUGAGUGAUGCCCAGCAUGAGAUGGCAGCACAGACCGGCAGACUGUGGAGCACCGAAAGCAUCCAAGGGUACGAUGAGCUCGGGCCGGUCUGAAUCCCUCUCAGUGUCAGUCUCAUGGAGAUCUUCUUUCACCACACAUCAGACAGCAGGAUCAGCUGCGGAGGUGGGCUUUUAAUGAGCAACAGAACAAAAUGCACCUUUUGAAAAAAGACAUCAAGGCCAAAAGCGAAGAGACAUAAACUUCAGAGAUUCUUAUUUGUCCAGGCGGCUCAUCUUUGUGAGCAGACAGUGUCCUCGUCCCUGUUGCAGUGCUGACAUGUUGGACCAAAACCUUUUUUUUUUUUUUUUUUUUUGCUGCAUGAAUCCUUUUUGAGCAGCACCGUUAGAAAAAGAACAAAACCAGCUCAUUUUAUUCUAAAAGAAAAGUGCCAAGGUUGAUGUUUCAUUAUGCUUCAUGAGCCUAUUUUUGUUGCAAAACCAGAAAAAAGGAGGCAAAUAUUUAUUUUGUAAUUUUGUACAUUGUACGUCUUGAAACUAAUGUUUGUGUUGUUAAAGUGCCACAUGUGAGACAAAUCCAAUUUCCUGUCGCACAAAAGGUUAUAAAUAGAAGCACAUAAAAGCAUGCAGAGGCUGUACCGGCACCACGGAAAUGAAUCUUUUUAUCCAAAUAACAGGAGAGAAAUACACGGAAUUUUGUAGAAAUGUCACAAUUUUUCUAAGAUCUUAUAAAAGGGUUGUUCUGCCAUUUUCUCACUUUAAUAUGUACGCGGUCUUUUUAAUGUCAGUUUGCAUGCAGAACCUUAUUUUCCCAGACUAAUACAAGACAUAACAAAGAAGGCAGCAGUAUCCUUCACAUUUCACAAAUUUAAAUAAAAAAAUUAUACUCUGAA